AUGACUUCGAAUAUUGAACAAUUAGCCAUCAACACCAUCAAACUAUUGUCUGUUGACCAAGUUUCAAAAGCCAACUCUGGUCAUCCAGGUGCUCCUUUAGGUUUAGCUCCUUUAGCUCACAUCAUUUGGAAACAAAUGAAAUUCAACCCAAAAAACCCAGAAUGGAUUAACAAGGAUAGAUUUGUCUUAUCAAAUGGUCACUCUGUUGCCUUAUUAUACUCUUUGUUACAUUUGUUUGGUUACGAAUUAACAAUUGAUGAUUUGAAAAACUUCAGACAAUUGGGUUCAAAAACUCCUGGUCAUCCAGAAUCUGAAACUCCAGGUAUUGAAGUCACUACUGGUCCUUUAGGUCAAGGUAUCUCAAACGCUGUUGGUUUAGCCAUUGCUCAAAAAAACUUUGCUGCUAGAUACAACAAACCAGAUUUCCCAAUUUCUGAUUCUUAUGUCUAUUCAAUCUUGGGUGAUGGUUGUUUACAAGAAGGUGUUUCUUCAGAAGCUUCUUCAUUAGCUGGUCAUUUGAAAUUAAACAACUUGAUUGCCUUUUAUGAUGAUAACCAUAUCACCAUUGAUGGUGACACUAACGUCUCCUUUACUGAAGAUGUUAACAAAAGAUAUGAAGCUUAUGGUUGGAAUGUUAUCUGGGUUAAAAAUGGUAACACUGAUACUGAUGCCAUCACCAAAGCUUUAGAAGAAGCUAAAAAAUCUGAUAAACCAACUUUAAUCAGAAUCACUACAAUCAUUGGUUAUGGUUCUUUACAACAAGGUACUCAUUCAGUUCAUGGUUCUCCAUUAAAAGCUGAUGAUGUUAAACAAUUGAAAGAACACUUGGGCUUCAACCCAGAUGAAACUUUUGUUGUCCCACAAGAAGUUUAUGAUUACUACCAUAAAGAAGUUACUGAAAGAAACCAAAAAAUUGAAGAAGAAUGGAAUCAAUUAUUUGAAUCUUAUAAAUCAAAAUACCCAGAAUUAGGUGAAGAAUUAUCAAGAAGAUUAACUCAAAAAUUACCAGCUAACUGGGAAUCUAAAUUACCAACUUAUACUCCAUCUGAUAAAGCUUUAGCUUCAAGAAAAUUAUCAGAAAUGCUUUUGGACUCAGUCUUUGAUUCAUUACCAGAAUUAAUUGGUGGUUCUGCCGAUUUGACCGGUUCAAACUUGACCAGAGCUAAAGAUUCUGUUGAUUUCCAACCAGAUGGCUCAGGUAUUGGUGACUACAAAGGUCGUUACAUCAGAUAUGGUGUCCGUGAACAUGGUAUGGGUGCUAUUAUGAAUGGUAUUGCUGCUUUCGGUGCCAACUACAAACCAUACGGUGGUACUUUCUUGAACUUCGUUUCAUAUGCUGCUGGUGCCUUAAGAUUAUCUGCUUUAUCUGGUCAUCCAGUCAUUUGGGUCGCUACCCAUGAUUCUAUUGGUUUAGGUGAAGAUGGUCCAACUCAUCAACCUAUUGAAACUUUAGCUCAUUUCAGAGCUAUUCCAAACUUGAAAGUUUGGAGACCAGCUGAUGGUAAUGAAGUUUCAGCUGCUUACAAAGUUGCCUUAGAACAAAACCAUACUCCUUCAGUUAUUGCUUUAUCAAGACAAAACUUGCCACAAUUGGAAGGUUCUUCAAUUGAAAAAGCUGCUAAAGGUGGUUAUGUCUUGCAAGAUGUCGCUGAACCACAAGUUAUCAUUGUCUCAACCGGUUCUGAAGUUUCAAUUUCUGUUGACGCUGCUAAAUUAUUAAAAGAACAAGGUGUUGCUGCUAGAGUUGUUUCAUUACCAGAUACCCAUACUUUUGACAGACAACCAAAAGAAUAUCAAUUAUCUGUUUUCCCAGAUGGUGUUCCAAUCAUGUCUGUUGAAGUUUUGGCCACUUCAGGUUGGGCUAAAUACUCUCAUGAACAAUUUGGUAUUGAUAGAUUCGGUGCUUCAGGUAAAGCUACUGAUGUUUACAAAUUCUUUGAAUUUACUCCAGAAGGUAUUGCAAAGAGAGCUGUCAAGACUGUUGAUUUCUACAAAGGUUCAAAGAUUGUCAGUCCAUUGAACAAGGCUUUCUACUCAAUCCACUACGAAUAA